AAUGCCCCCUUCUGCGCACUAUAUAGAAGCGCACGCAUGAGCAUGUUCGCAGCUUCUCCCCUCCCGGUUACCCUUCCCGCCAGUUGACCUGCUGCCCCUCUUGGUUUCUUCAUUGCUAGCAUGGCACUUCGCUCCUUUUUGCUCUUGACCCUCGUCCUCGCGCUGGCCGUGGCCGCGAGCCCCAUCCGGGUCCGCAACAACCGCAUCACACUUCCUAUGGCCAGGCGCACAAACCACUUGGGUAUCCGCAAAGUACUCCAGAACGACCGCAAUCGUGCCGCCCUCCUCCAGGGAGGGCGCCAGGCUCUUCGCGAGGCGAAGAAGCACCACAAAGGCAAAGGCAAUGCUGGUGGUGCCGCGGCCAACGCGAAUGCCACAGCGACCGCGGGUGCCGCUGCUGCGAACGGUACCGCUGCUGCGAAUGGUACCCUAGCCAGCGACGAUAAUGUCGCUGCGACAAACCAGGGUGAGGAUUACGUUAUCAGCGUUGGUGUUGGUAACCCUCCGACGACCUACAACCUGUUGGUCGACACUGGUUCUUCCAACACAUGGGUGGGUGCCGACACAAACAAGCCAUUCGUCCAGACGUCAACGUCCAAGUCGACCGGCCAACAAGUUGAAGUCAGCUACGGCUCCGGUGCCUUUGCCGGCGAGGAGUUCGAGGAUGACGUCCAACUCGGUGGCCUCACGAUCUCUGGGCAGUCAAUCGGCGCUGCAACGGAGGCUCAGGGUUUCACAGGUGUCGACGGUAUUGUUGGGAUUGGGCCCACUGACCUGACAGUCGGCACCGUCGGCGGCCAAAACUCCCAGACCCAGGUCCCGACCGUCACCGACAACCUCUUCUCGCAGGGCAUCAUCGGCGAGAACCUCGUCUCCGUCUUCUUCGCGCCCGCUACCUCGGCCAACGACACCAACGGCGAGCUCACCUUCGGUAGCGUCGACGACUCCAAGACCGUCGGUAAUGUCGCCUUUACGCCGCUGACGACGACCGCCCCUGCAAGCCAGUUCUGGGGCAUCGACCAGUCUAUCACAUACGGCUCGUCGAACACCACCAUCCUCGACACGACUGCCGGCAUCGUCGACACUGGCACUACGCUGAUCCUCAUGGCGACUGACGCGUUCCAGGCUUACCAGCAGGCAACCGGUGCGACGCAAGACCAGACCACUGGUCUGUUGACGAUUUCCAACGCCGACUUCAACAACCUCCAGAGCUUGUUCUUCAACAUCGGUGGUCAAUCGUACGAGCUCACUGCCAACGCUCAGAUCUGGCCUCGUGCGCUCAAUUCGGUGAUCGGCGGCAACAACGACCAGAUCUACAUGGUCGUGAGCGACAUCGGCACGAACUCGGGCCAGGGCCUCGACUUCAUCAACGGCUUCAGCUUCCUCGAGCGGUACCUCUCCGUGUACGACACCGCGAACAACCAGGUCGGGUUCGCCGCGACGCAGUUCACCAACGCCACCACCAACUGAGCGCGCUGGCUCUGCGGGGCUCCAUUCGGCUAUUUCAAGCAGGACGUGUAUGCGCUUGCGCGCUGGACGGUUUCUGGGUCAUGAUGCGAACC